CCUCUAUAUAAACCACCUCCUAUCUUCUUCAUCACUUGUAAGUUGCAACCCAUAAUUACUCUCAAGACCUUUAGCUUCCCUGCGUUUUUGCAUCUCAUCCAUGGCUGAAACCCAAAAACAACCUACCCAUGUAGCUCUGCUACCCAGUCCCGGGAUGGGUCAUCUCAUUCCUCUUGUUGAAUUAGCUAAGCGACUCGUUUUUCAACAUAAUCUCUCCGUCACCUUCAUUGUCCCAACCGAUGGUCCUCCUUCUGAGGCCCAAAAAUCAGUUCUUGAAUCGCUUCCUACCACCAUAAGCUACACAUUUCUCCCUGCAGUUGACAUGAGUGAUCUCCCUACAGAUGCUAAGAUAGAAACUAUAAUUUCUCUCACGGUGGCACGCUCUCUCCCUUCUCUUCGCCAAGCGUUAAAGUCUCUUGUUGAAAGUAGAAGACUUGUAGCCCUGGUGGUUGAUCUCUUUGGAACCGAUGCAUUUGAUGUUGCUCGAGAAUUCAACAUCUCUCCCUACAUUUUCUUUCCUUCUACUGCAAUGGCUUUGUCUUUAUUCUUUUGGUUGCCAAAGCUAGAUGGGAUGGUUUCCUGCGAGUACAGGGAGCUGGAAGAACCCGUAAACAUACCCGGUUGCAAACCGAUACAUGGGAAGGAAUUGCUCGACCCGGUUCAAGAUAGGAAAAAUGAUGCCUACAAGUGGCUUCUUCACCAUACAAAGCGGUAUAGACUAGCUGAGGGUGUUAUGGUGAACAGUUUCGUGGACAUGGAAGGAGGAGCCAUAAAGGCUUUGCAAGAGGAAGAAGCCGGCGCUAAGCCACCCGUUUACCCGGUUGGUCCGCUAGUGAACAUGGGUUCAAGUAGUGAAGGUGAGGAAUCAGAAUGUUUAAAGUGGCUAGAUGAGCAACCACAUGGCUCUGUUCUGUACGUGUCAUUUGGAAGCGGCGGGACCCUCUCUUACGAUCAGAUAAACGAAUUGGCUAACGGGCUGGAAAUGAGCCAGCAACGAUUUUUGUGGGUUGUGAGGAGCCCCAGCGAUGGAGUCGCCAAUGCUACUUUUUUUAGCGUGCAAAGCCAAAAGGACCCUUAUGAUUUCCUACCAAAAGGGUUCUUGGAUAGGACCAAAGGGCGGGGUCUAGUUGUGCCAUCAUGGGCACCACAGGCACAAGUGCUGAGUCACGGGUCUACAGGAGGGUUCUUAACCCACUGUGGAUGGAAUUCCAUCCUUGAAAGUGUGGUGAAUGGCGUCCCACUAAUUGCCUGGCCACUCUACGCUGAGCAAAAAAUGAACGCUGUGAUGUUAACUGAGGACAUCAAAGUGGCCCUGAGACCAACAAGAAAUUCUCAAAAUGGCCUGAUCGAAAGACAAGAAAUUUCAAAAGUAGUGAGAAGCCUAAUGGAAGGCGAAGAAGGAAAGAAGGUCCGCAACAGAAUGAAAGACCUAAAAGAGGCAGCUGACAGAGUUCUCACCCAAGAAGGCUCAUCUGCAAAGGCACUCUCUGCGUUGGCUCUCAAGUGGAAGAACCAAAUUUGCAACUAAAAAUUUUUAAAAAAAAUUCUGCAUAUUUAGUUUUUAGUAGUCUUAUAAUAUCAGGUAAUUAAUGGGCAUUUCCAGCUCCUAGCUACUCCUCUUUCGUCAAGAUAAAAAUUGCCUUUUGUAAUACAUGAUUGUACAAUUCCUGUCUAUAGCUUCAAUACAUAUAAUUUAUUAGACCUCGUCUA